GUUCCAAGCUUGGCAAGGAUACUUCAGUGAACAGCCAACCUUAUCACCAACCCCUCCGAUUCACUCUAUCAUAUGCAGGGAAAGAGCAUAAAGCCUCGUCCGAGUUGCAAUCUCAAUCCAGAACCUAUAAUCACUGCAUUACUAUGGCAGCCUCUGGUAGUUAUCUUUUGAGUCUCACCACGCUUGCGCAUGCUUUCACCCAUACCCAGCUGCACAAGCCCCUCUUGUCCCUCUUGGCUCUCCAUGGAACGGUGAGGGGGAUACUCGCCCACCCGAACCCCAACCCCAACCUCCCCUUCGUGAUCAACACGUGGUCCGGCCCCUUCACGGCGGCUACCGACGCCGCCUACUACACGCUCACCAACGCCACCGGCACCGGGUCGCCAAUCGCGGCGCUCGACGCCGUCGUCGCCGGCUGCUCGGCGUGCGAGCAGAACCAGUGCGACGGCACGGUCGGCUUCGGCGGGUCGCCGGACGAGGCCUGCGAGACGACGCUGGACGCACUCAUCAUGGACGGCACGACCCUCAACUCGGGCGCCGUCGCGGGGCUGCGGCGCAUCCGGGACGCCAUCGCGGUCGCGCGGGCCGUGCUCGAGCGGACGCGGCACUCGCUGCUGGCCGGUGACCUGGCCACGCGCUUCGCCGUCGAGAUGGGAUUCGGGCCCGAGGGCGACCUGAGCACCCCGGAGAGCAGAGCGCUGUGCGAGGACUGGCGCAGGGGCGGGUGCAAGGGCAACUACAGGGUCAAUGUCGAGCCCGACCCGGAGACGUCUUGCGGUCCCUACCGGCCAGUGCCGCUGCUGGCUGGCAGAGGGAUUCGGUUGGAGGACGGGCAGGCGUCGCAUGACACCAUCUCGAUGGUCGUGAUUGACCGGAAUGGGACGAUGGCGGCGGGGACGUCGACCAACGGAGCGAGGUUCAAGGUCCCGGGCCGUGUCGGGGACGGGCCCAUCGUCGGGAGCGGGUCAUAUGUCGACGGCGAUGUGGGCGGGUGCGGCGCGACGGGCGACGGGGACAUCAUGAUGCGAUUCUUACCUUGCUAUCAGGCGGUGGAGAACCUGAGGUUGGGCAUGACGCCGACAGAGGCAGCCGAGGACGCGGUCAGGCGGAUGCUACGGAAAUAUCCAACCAUAUCGAGCGGAGUCGUGGUGGUAAACAACAAGGGCGAGCACGGCGCGGCAGGGUCAGGUUGGACAUUUACAUACUCAUUUCGAGGCGGGAAGAUGGAUGCGGCCGAGGUUGUGAGCGUACCACCACUGGCGGGCCUUCCGGUUGGAAGGAUUAGGAUGGAAUCAGAUAAUGCCUUACGGGAAUUGUAAAGUCGACAAAAACCAUCAGAAAAUCGACACAAGUUCAAUCACAAUAAUCAACCAGUUUUAUGCCUAGCACGGC